AUGACGCCGAUCGAGAGGAAGAGGCCGCUGGCUUCAAAGAAUGCUGCUGUGAAAGCUCGCAAGAGACAGAAGAUAGCAGGCGGCGACGCUGACUACCGGAGCACGCCGCAAACCUCAGCACCUGCAGCCAACGGCUCCAAGGUCCGACUGGACGAUCUGGAAUGGAAUGAGGUGGCCCUGCCGGAUCGCUUAGACAACUACGAAGGUUUCUUCGGCCUAGAGGAGAUCGACGACGUGGAAGUAGUCCGGAGCGCAACAGAUGGCCGAGUAUCGUUCAAGACGGCGGAACGGAGCACGGCGAAAUCCACCAAGAAGCGCAAGGCCUCAGAGGGGCAACAGAAAGAUAGUAAUACCAGGGAACCGCAGCCAGUUGUUGAUAAGCCGUCCGACGGCGAAGAGUGGGAAGGGUUUAGCAGCGAUGAUCAGGAUCAGGCCCAGGAACCGAAGGUCCCAGCAAAAGCGGCACCUGCGCGAGCGGACAAGAAGCAGAAGAAAAAGAAGGAGCAUAAAAAGGGUGCAGAGCGAGCAAAUGGCACUUCAGAGCCUCGUAAUCGGGGCAGUAAUGCGUUUGCUGGGUUGGGUGACGAGGUGCAGGAGGACGAUGUGAACACUUCGGCAUGGGACUCGCUUGAAUUAUCACAAGCCACACUAUCGUCACUAUCGAGGCUCAAAUUUCCACGGCCUACACCUAUACAAUCGGCUGCCAUUCCGGAGAUAUUAGACGGCCACGAUGUGAUAGGGAAGGCUUCUACCGGCUCGGGGAAGACGCUGGCGUUUGGAAUACCCAUACUAGAGCAUUACCUAGAGAGUAAGACAGGUCGGCGGAAAGCUUCACAGGCAUCUGAAGAUACCCAUGCACCGCUGGCCCUUAUCCUCUCGCCUACACGAGAACUGGCGCACCAAAUCACCGCGCACUUGACCGCCUUGUGCUCCCAUAGUAGCUUUGACGGGCCCUCAAUAGCGACUGUUACUGGAGGGCUGUCUAUACAAAAACAGCAACGCUUGCUUUCAAAAGCGGAUAUUAUCAUUGGCACACCGGGGCGGUUGUGGGAAGUCAUCAGUCAGGGGCAAGGCCUGCUCAAGCGUCUUCAAAAGAUCAUGUUCCUCGUGGUAGACGAAGCUGAUCGCCUACUGAGCGAGGGGCACUUCAAGGAGGUUGAGGAGAUCUUGAAUGUGCUUGAUAAAGAUGAUGAGGACAUAGAAAACGACGAUAUAGACUCGUCGGCUGAGCAACAACAAAGGCAGACGCUUGUGUUCUCCGCGACGUUCCACAAAGGCCUGCAACAGAAGCUUGCUGCCAAAGGCAAAUUCGGUGGCGAGCUCAUGGACAAGAGAGAGUCGAUGGAGUAUCUGUUGAAGAAGCUUAGAUUUCGGGAAGACAAGCCGAAGUUCAUUGACGUCAAUCCAGUCGAACAAAUGGCUCAAGGACUGAAAGAGGGUCUAGUGGAAUGCGCCGGCACGGAAAAGGAUCUGUAUCUCUACGCUCUACUUACACACUAUCCCAACACCCGCACCCUGAUCUUCACAAACUCCAUAUCCGCCGUCCGCCGCCUCUUGCCCUUCCUCCAGAACCUCAACCUUCCGGCGCUAGGUCUCCACUCCCAAAUGCCGCAAAAAGCCCGCCUCCGCUCCGUCGAACAGUUCACCGCUAGACCAGGCUCCAUCCUCGUGGCCACCGACGUCGCAGCUCGCGGCCUCGACAUCCCAGGCGUGCAACUCGUCAUCCACUAUCACCUCCCGCGAGCGGCGGACAUGUACGUGCAUCGCUCAGGCCGCACAGCACGAGCCGAGAACUCCGGCUCCAGCAUCCUAAUAUGCGCCCCCGAAGAAGUCGCCGGUGUCCGCCGCCUCGUCGCCAAAGUCCAUGCAAGGAGAGGCGGCAGCGACAGUAAGUAUUUCAUCCGCUCCCUGGACAUCGAUCGCCGGAUCGUAUCGAAAUUGAAGCCACGAGCCACGCUGGCGAAGAAGAUCGCGGAUACGGAGAACGCGAAGAAGCAGAAGAAGAGCGAGGAUAAUUGGAUGCGUGAAGCUGCGGAGGAUUUGGGCGUGGAUUAUGAUAGCGAGGAGUUUGAGGGGGAUGCGCCUGGAAGGAGGGGACGUGGUGCUGGACGGAGGAAAGCGGAGAGGGUGGCGGGGGCUAUGAGUAAGGGGGAGGUGCAGGCGAUGAAGGCGGAGCUGAGGAGUUUGUUGGCGCAGAGAGUCAAUGUUGGAGUCAGUCCAAGGUAUCUGACGAGCGGUGCGGUGGAUGUGGAUGCGCUGCUUCGAGGAGAGAGAAACGGGGAGUUCUUGGGUGAGGUUGGGGGACUUGGAUUGGAAGACGCGCCGGUGAAAGGAUGA